AUGGCUCCCAAACGCAAGGCAACGUCUCCAGUACGGCCAUCGCCUUCGAACAAAACGAAGCCUGAGAGCAAUGGCCAGCCGCAAUUCGACCACUCGAGGAUCUCGAAAAAGUCAGGCAUCGUGCAAAGACAGUUCUAUCCCCCAGAGAUGAGCAAUGAACGAUGCAAAGAAUACAACGAUAACGAGAUUCCUCGGCCCAUCGAGCUUCUUGAGAAGAGCAUCAAGGAUACCAAGCCCGAAAGAGAAGAGAUCCAAGUGGGUGAAUCGGUGGUACACUGGUUUAAGCGAGAUCUUAGGACGUUUGACAAUAAAGGGCUUCGAUUGGCGAGUGAGAAGGCCAAGAGCAAGAAUGUGCCUCUGAUAUGCAUGUUCAUUGUGUCGCCUCAGGAUUAUGAGGCACACUUUACGUCGCCGGCGAGAGUGGAUUUCGAUCUGCGGACACUGGAGGUGCUGAAGAGCGAUCUGCAAGAGAAAAACAUACCUCUACAUACAGUCACUAUUGACAAGAGAAAUGAUGUCCCUGGACAUGUCUUGGAAGUAUGUGGGAAGUGGGGCGCGAAACACAUUUUCUGCAAUAUCGAAUACGAGGUCGACGAGCUGAGGCGAGAGACGAAGCUGUUGAAAAAGUGUCUUGAGAAAGGAAUCGACUUCCAACCGGUACACGACGAUGUGGUCGUACCGCCAGGUAACCUCGCGAGUGGUGCUGGCAAGCAAUACAGCGUAUACUCACCCUGGUUGAAGGCAUGGAUCAAGCAUCUGCAUGAACAUCCAGACAUGCUGGACGCGGCAGAACCACCGCACCAGAAUCCAGAGACUGCGAAGACGAAGUUCAAAGAUAUCUUCGAGAAACCAAUACCGACCGCGCCACCGAGCAAGGCCAUCAAAGAUGCGGAAUACAAGCAACGGCUGGGAAAUAUCUGGCCCGCCGGGGAACACGAAGCUCAAGACCGCCUCGAGCGCUUCACUAAAGAGAAGAUCAAGAACUACGCUUCCUCUCGCAACCUGCCCGCUGCGAAUAGCACAUCACUGCUCUCAGUCCACCUCUCGGCCGGUACAUUGGCCGCACGCACCGCCGUUCGAGCAGCCCGCGACAGCAAUAGCUCCCGCAAGCUAGAUGCUGGAUCAGCCGGCCACGGCACCUGGAUAAGUGAAGUCGCAUGGCGUGACUUCUACAAGCACGUCCUAGCGAAUUGGCCGUACAUUUGCAUGUUCAAGCCCUUCAAAUACGAGUACAGCGACAUCGAGUGGGAGUACAACGACGAGCACUUCCAACGCUGGUGCGAGGGCAAGACCGGAUUUCCUAUCGUCGACGCGGCGAUGCGGCAGUGUCUGUAUAUGGGCUACAUCCACAACCGCUGCAGGAUGAUUGUGGCGAGUUUCCUCGCGAAAGACCUCCUGCUGGACUGGCGACUGGGUGAGAAGCACUUCAUGGAGAACCUCAUCGAUGGGGAUUUCGCUUCGAAUAACGGCGGCUGGGGAUUCAGUGCCAGCACGGGCGUGGACCCGCAGCCUUACUUUCGAAUCUUCAACCCUUUGCUGCAGUCUGAAAAAUUCGAUAAGGAGGGAGAGUAUAUCCGGAAAUGGGUGCCUGAGCUGGCUGGGAUGGAAGGCAAUGCUAUCCACGAUCCUUAUGGACGGGGCAAGGGGAAAGAAGCGGAGAAGGCUGGUUAUCCCAAGCCGAUUGUGGAUCAUAAGACUGCGAGAGCGAGGGCGUUGGAGAGAUAUAAAGGGGGGCUUAGGAGGAGUACGGCGAAUGUUGGAGGGGGUGUGCAUAAUUGA